CCGUUGCCCCUUCCCCAGCCCUCCCCCCCCCCCCCGGUACCGGGGGAUGCCGGUACCAGCCUGCCCGCAGCGCCCGGUGCCGGAACCCGGCAGCACCAUGGAGGAGCCCUUGGGUGAGGGGCUUCGCAACAGCAACAACAACGCUUCCCCGGGGGGCUGGGGGGGUGCCCGGGCUGGGGGGCACCCAUUGGCACCUUUUGGGGGUCCCGGACCCCAACCCAGUUACCUGGGCCGGGUGGUGCUGGAGAUCGUGGAGUCGGAGAGAACCUAUGCCCGGGACCUGCGCAGCAUCGUGGAGGGCUACUUGGGCAAAAUCAUCGACGCGGAGGAGCCGGUGCUGCGGCCCGAGCAGGUCAGUGCCCUCUUUGGGAACAUCGAGGACAUCUACGAGCUCAGCAGCACCCUGCUGCAGAACCUGGAGAGCUGUGCCAGCGACCCGGUGGCGGUGGCCGUCUGCUUUGUCACCAGGAGUCAGGAGUUUGCCAUUUACACCCAGUACUGCAACAACUACCCCAGCUCGGUGGCAGCUCUGUCCGAGUGCAUGCGGAGCAAGGCGCAGGCGCGGUUCCUGCGGCAGUGCCAGGAGGGGCUGAGGCACUCCCUGCCCCUGGGGGCUUACCUGCUGAAACCUGUCCAGAGGGUCCUCAAGUACCACCUCCUGCUCCAGGAGAUCUCCAAGCACUUUGAGCACAAAUCAGGGGAGGACUACGAGGUGGUGCUGGAGGCCAUCGACACCAUGACCUGUGUGGCCUGGUGCAUCAACGACAUGAAACGCAAACACGAGCACGCCAUCCGCCAGCAGGAGAUCCAAUCCCUGCUGCUGGGCUGGAAGGGCCCAGACCUGACGAGUUACGGGGAGCUGGUGCUGGAGGGGAGGUUCCGAGCCCAGCGGGUCCGGCACGAGCGGGUGCUCUUCCUCUUUGACAAAACCCUCCUCAUCACCAGGCCCCGUGGGGAGCACUACGUCUACAAGAGCCACAUCCCCUGCUCCUCCCUGAUGCUGAUCGAGAGCACCCGGGACUCUCUCUGCUUCAGCCUUGCUCACUACAAGCACGGGAAGCAGCAGCACAACCUGCAGGCCAGGAACGUGGAGGAGAAGCGGAUCUGGACCCACCACAUCAAGAGGCUGAUCCUGGAGAACCACCACGCCAUUGUCCCCCAGAAGGCUAAAGAAGCCAUCCUGGAGAUGGAUUUGUUCUUGUCACCCCUGUCCCCCCAGACCCCCCCCCGCCUGCCCCGCUGCAGCCCCGAGCGCCUGAAGAAGAGUUGGUCCUGCCAGCCCCUGCCCCUGCCCCGACGCCAAUCCGAACCCUUCCAGCACCAGGAGCAGGAGCAGGCGGUGCCCGAGCGGGUGCAGGGACCCCCGGGACGCAGGCAGUCGGAGCCUGCCAAGCAGAUCCUGCGGCAACUGGGCCAGCAAGGGCUAAAGCACGCUGGCAGUGAGGGGAUUCUCCUGGAAAUGGAGGGGACCCCCCAGCACCCCAGAGCCUGGCCAGAGCCUGGGGACACAGUGGAGGAGGAGGAGGAGGAGGAAGCAAGGGACAAGGAGAACCAGGAGGAGCUGCCAGGGACUGGGGAGCAGCUGCUGGAACCUCAGGAGGAGCAGGUUGGGGGGCACCCACCAGUUCCAGGGGGUCCCAAGCGCCCCAGCAGCUGGGGCCCAGGGAGCUGUGAGAAGGUCAGUGCCACCCCCCAGCCCCACCCGGGGGGUCCCCAAGGACUCACCCCAUACCCACCCAGCCCUCCCCAUGCCGGCCAGCACCCCGAGGGGUUGGGGGGACCCCAAACCCCCUCCUCGUCAGGGCCGGGGGGCAGCCAGGGGGAAGCGGAGCGGGGUGGGGAGGAAUUCCAGGGGCUGAGCAGCGAGGAGGAGGAAGAGGAGGAGGAGGAGGAGGAGGAAGAUGAAGAUGAAGGAGAGAGGGGCAGCAUUUUGCCCCCCUCGGUGCUGGACCAAGCCAGCGUCAUCGCCCAGAGGUUCGGGGGGGGGGGCACCUUCUCCCGCCGCAGCUCCUUGGCCCCGGGCAGCCGCAGCGGCAGCGCCCUCAGCCUGGACGGGGCGGGACCCCCGGGGGAUACCGGAGGGGAAGGGUCCCGAAGCUCCGUCCCUUCCCCCGAACCGGUGGCCGGAACCCGUCGGGAAUCCCUGCUCUCCAACCGGGACCGUUUGCUGCUGGAGAAGAUCAGAAGCUACUACGGCCACGCCGAGCACCGCGACGCCGCCUUCAGCGUCCGCCGCCGGGAGAGCCUCAGCUUCAUCCCCAAGGGCUUGGUCAGGAGCAACAUCUGCCGCCUCAACGGGCUGCCCCGGCCCCCCACCGGCCCCCAGCCCACCCCACGGCCACCCCACGGGGGGCCCGAAGCAUCCCCGGAGGAGGAACCCUGCCGGGAGAACGGGCUGCAGCCCCCCGAGCCCCUCCUCAUCCUGGAGGAUGAGGAUUUGGGGCCACAACCACCAGUGGGGUCACCACCACCACCAGUGGGGUCACCGCCACCACCAGUGGGGUCACCACCAUCAGCAGGGUCACCACCAUCAGCGGGGCCACCCCCGGGGGUGCUGCUGACCCCCCCGCCCCCCUGCAGCACCAAGGUGUACCAGCUGGCCCGCCAGUACAGCCUCCGCAUCAAGAGUCGCCGCGCCGGCACCCGUCGGUCACCGCCACCCCCCCUGGAGGUCCCCGACCCCUGUGUCACCGCCACUGCCACCGCCACCACCCCCCCCGCGGUGACCCUGCCACCGGACGGGGGGCUGGCAGCAUCCCCCGCCCCACGCAGCCCUCCCAGCCCCGAACCCUUCACCUGGCCCGACGUCCGGGAGCUCCGAGCCCGGUUUGGCGGCCCGAGGCCACCGGCGGUGACCCGGAGCCGGUCGGCCCCCGAAGGACCGUCCCGGGACGGUCGCCCCUCCCAGAAGGAACGGGGCAGCGGGCGGAGCCGGAGCGCCGAAACCACGGGAGGGGCCGGCACCCCCCCGGCACGGCACGGCAGCGAGGGGACCCUCUGGGUGGCGGCCGAAGCCCCCCUGGGUGCCGGGCAGAGGGUGGUGGUUCUGGAGAGGUUGCCGGUGACCCCCGAACCCCAAACCUACGUUCAGAUCCGCUCGCCCACCACCCGGGAGAAGAUCUGCCUGAAGGCCGUGGUGGAACGCUGCAAAGCCUACCAGGCAUCCGAGGAGUACCGGCAGCGCUGCCCCCCGCCCCCAGAGGGACCCCUGUCCCCACAGCCCCCCCGGCACGGCCUCGUCAGGGACCUCCGGCAGAAGUUUCAGAGCCUGGAUGCUGCCAGCUAGGGGGGGACAGGGGGUGCAGGGGUGACCCG